AUGCUUCCGCUGUGGGUGCACAGUACGGGCAUCGCGCUGGCGCUGCUGGGGCGAGCGCGCGGGUACGAGGUAGAGCUCUACCUGCCCGACAACGUCUCCACUGAGAAGGUCGACCUGCUCACCACCCUCGGAGCCAAAAUCAAGAUUGUGCCGAUCAUGCCGAUGAGUCAGCCGGAGCACUUCAUGCACUACGCCAUGUCGUGCGCGUUGGCCGACCCCGACGCCUACUACUGCAACCAGCCCUUUGCUGACGUCAGCAUCAGCUCGGGACGGGAAAAGAAUCCGGCGGUGGUGAGCUAUCUGGUGGACCCGCCGGGGAGCGGUCUGUACCACCUCGUCACCAAGGGCGUCAUGUUCCACCCGCAAGACACGAUGACCGUGGAGCCGCUGAGCGCGCGUUCGUUCUACGAGGGCGUUGGCGUCAACCGACAGACCGAGAACUUCACCCAGGUGGAGCGGUACGACGGAGCGUUCCAGGGGAGCGAGCAGGAAGGCGUGGCGAUGGCGCACCACCUGCUGCGCCACGACGGCCUGUUCGUGGGCGGGUCGUCGGCCCUCAACUGCCGAUACAACAGCAGGAUCUACAACACGACGUGGCUCGAGGAGCGCGGCUUAUCGGUGCCACACGGUGACGACCUCUCCUUCCUUGAAGAAGACGGCACCCCUUCGCAGGAGGAGAACCAAACGCAAGCGUGA